AUGGGACGCAUCACUGUGUUUGCUCUGGAGGAAUGCCCUCAUUGCAGGAGGGCCAAAAGCGCUCUGAAAGAGCGUUCAAUUCCCUACGUUGAGGUCUCCUUGACGACUCACCCCAAUCGCCGGUCUGACAUGAUUAGUCUCAGCGAUAGACUUUCUGUGCCUCAGGUAUUCUUCAACGAACAGCACGUUGGUGGUGCUGACGACACGCUCCAGCUAUUGGCCGAGUGGGACAAGGACACAUCAAAGACUCCUCAACAGAAAUACCAAGACGAGAUUGCUGCCCAGCCGGAUCCUGCAGAUGCCAGAUUGAAGGAAUCCACGGAUCCUCCCGUGGUACCCAAGGAACCACUACCACGAGAUGCAGCGGAUAAUAUCCAGUUGCCUGAUGGAUCUACUAUUACUGUCUUGGAUCUGGUCGAGAAGAAAUUAAAGCCAAUCUUGUCGGGCCAACGAAAAUCUACCCUGUUUUUGACAACCUACAAACACACCUUUACCGGUGCCGAGGCAGUCCAGGCACUCGCCAAAGAAUUCAAUUGCAAGGAAACGGAGGCUGUGGAUUUUGGAAAAGUUUUGAUGGAACGAGAAAUCAUCCAGCCGGUAGGAGGACAUGCCAAGGAAUUCAAAGAGUCACCCACUCAUUUGCUGCGACUGCAAUGCUACCAUACGCCCCACAUUUUGAAUUCGUAUCGCGUCUGGAACACACGGGUCGAUCCAGAUGCCAUGGCAGUCAUUACUCGUCUCAAAAAGCUGUUGGGAAAGGUGGAAUCUGCAGUGACAAACGACGAAGGAUUGGUACACUACAUUCAGGCGACGCAGCAUGAACACUAUCCCAUCUUUGAAGAAGCAGUCUGCGAGCUUCAGGGCAUGGACUUGGCAAAGCUGGAUCGCAAUGCUAUGAUUGCUUUUGGAAUCAAUGCCUAUAAUGUGUUCAUCAAGUAUGCGUUUAUAAAGGUUGGAAUCUACAACGAUCCCUUUGCGUUGUUGGCCUACUUUUUCCAAAUCAAAUUCGAUAUUGGUGGUCACCUCUUUGGGUUUCACGAUCUAGAAAGCGGGAUACUGCGAGGCAAUCGCAAUGCUCCCUAUGCCCUGUCUCCUCCCAUUCCCAAGAACGAUCCUCGGUUGGCAUUCAUGGUGCAAGAUGUGGACAAUCGCAUCCAUUUCGGCCUCAAUUGCGGAGCGCGCAGUUGUCCCCCAGGUUUGUCAUAUCCUCCGGAUUAUUUGAAGAGCUUCACGGCCGAAGGUAUUGAAGAAGAAUUGAGGAUUGUGGCAAUGUCGUUUGCUGAAGAUGACGACAACGUGCAUGUGGACAGUGACAAGCGCAUCUUGAGCUUCUCACAGAUUAUCAAUUGGUACCGAAUAGAUUUUGCUCCCUCCAACAAGGAGCUUCCGCAGACCAUCGUCCAAUUCUUGAGAGGUGACAAGAAGGACAAGCUACAGGAUAUGAUUGAUGAUGGCAAGCGCAUCAAGAUCAAGUUCUUGCCGUAUGAUUGGACAACAAACGCCCAAAAAGAUGGCUUUCUGCCAUUCAAAAAAGCCAACAUACAGUAG